GCCCCCGUCCAUCCGUCCGUCCGCCCGCCGCCACCCACUCCGGACACAGAACAUCCAGUCAUGGAUAAAAAUGAGCUGGUUCAGAAGGCCAAACUGGCCGAGCAGGCUGAACGAUAUGAUGACAUGGCAGCCUGCAUGAAGUCUGUAACUGAGCAAGGAGCUGAAUUAUCCAAUGAGGAGAGGAAUCUUCUCUCAGUUGCUUAUAAGAAUGUUGUAGGAGCCCGUAGGUCAUCUUGGAGGGUCGUCUCAAGUAUUGAGCAAAAGACGGAAGGUGCUGAGAAAAAACAGCAGAUGGCUCGAGAAUACAGAGAGAAAAUUGAGACCGAGCUAAGAGAUAUCUGCAAUGAUGUACUGUCUCUUUUGGAAAAGUUCUUGAUCCCCAAUGCUUCACAAGCAGAGAGCAAAGUCUUCUAUUUGAAAAUGAAAGGAGACUACUACCGUUACUUGGCUGAGGUUGCUGCUGGUGAUGACAAGAAAGGGAUUGUGGAUCAGUCACAACAAGCAUACCAAGAAGCUUUUGAAAUCAGCAAAAAGGAAAUGCAACCAACACAUCCUAUCAGAUUGGGUCUGGCCCUUAACUUCUCUGUGUUCUAUUAUGAGAUUCUGAACUCCCCAGAGAAAGCCUGCUCUCUUGCAAAAACAGCUUUUGAUGAAGCCAUUGCUGAACUUGAUACAUUAAGUGAAGAGUCAUACAAAGACAGCACGCUAAUAAUGCAAUUGCUGAGAGACAACUUGACAUUGUGGACAUCGGAUACCCAAGGAGAUGAAGCUGAAGCAGGAGAAGGAGGGGAAAAUUAACCGGCCUUCCAACUUUUGUCUGCCUCAUUCUAAAAUUUACACAGUAGACCAUUUUGUCAUCCAUGCUGUCCCACAAAUAGUUUUUGUUUACGAUUUAUGACAGGUUUAUGUUACUUCUAUUUGAAUUUCUAUAUUUCCCAUGUGGUUUUUAUGUUUAAUAUUAGGGGAGUAGAGCCAGUUAACAUUUAGGGAGUUAUCUGUUUUCAUCUUGAGGUGGCCAAUAUGGGGGAUGUGGAAUUUUUAUACAAGUUAUAAAUGUUUUGGCAUAGUACUUUUGGUACAUUGUGGCUUCACAGGGGCCAGUGUUAAAACUGCUUCCAUGUCUAAGCAAAGAAAACUGCCUACAUAUUGGUUUGUCCUGGUGGGGGAUAAAAGGGAUAAUUGGUUCCAGUCACAGGUGUAGUUAUUGUGGGUACUUUUAAGGUUUGGAGCACUUGUAAGGCUGUGGUAGAAACAGAUAUCUCAUGGAUACUACAUGUUAAACCAUGUGUAUCUGUGGAAUACUCAAUGUGCACACCUUUGACUGCAGCUGCAGAAGUGUUCCUUUAGACAAAAUUGUGACCCAAUUUACUCUGGAUAAGGGCAGAAACGGUUCACAUUCCAUUUUUUGUAAAGUUACCUGCUGUUUGCUUUCAUUAUUUUGCUACACUCAUUUUAUUUGUAUUUAAAUGUUUUAGGCAACCUAAGAACAAAUGUAAAAGUAAAGAUGCAGUAAAAUGAAUUGCUUGGUAUCCAUUACUUCGUGUAUAUCAAGCACAGCAGUAAAACAAAAAAAACCCAUGUAUUUAACUUUUUUUAGGUUUUUUGCUUUUGUGAUUUUUUUUUUUUUGAUACUUGCCUAACAUGCAUGUGCUGUAAAAAAUAGUUAACAGGGAAAUAAUUUGAGAUGAUGGCUAGCUUUGUUUAAAUGUCUUAUGAGAUUUUCAUGAACAAUCCAAGCAUAAUUGUUAAGAACACGUGUAUUAAGUUCAUGUAAGUGGAAUAAAAGUUUUAUGAAUGGACUUUUCAACUACUUUCUCUACAGCUUUUCAUGUAAAUUAGUCUUUUGGUUCUGAAACUUCUCUAAAGGAAAUUGUACAUUUUUGGAAAUUUAUUCCUUAUUCCCUCUUGGCAGCUAAUGGGCUUUUACCAAGUUUAAACACAAAGUUUAUCAUAACAAAAAUACUACUAAUAUAACUACUGUUUCCAACCAUGUCCCAUGUUCCCCUCUCCUCCUCCCAACCCCCCCAAAAUGAGUUCUUAUUUUUUCUGGGGGAGGGGGAGAUUGAUUGGAAAAAAGUAAUCUGUUCCAUUUAAAAUUUUGGUAUAUGGCAUUUUCUAACUUAGGAAGCCACAAUGUUCUUGGCCCAUCAUGACAUUGGGUAGCAUUAACUGUAAGUUUUGUGCUUCCACAUCACUUUUGGUUUUUAAGAAUUUCUUGAUACUCUUAUAGCCUGCCUUCAAUUUUGACCCUUUAUUCUUUCUAUUUGUCAGGUGCACAAGAUUACCUUCCUUUUUUUAGCCCUCUGUCUUGUCACCAACCAUUCCUACUUGGUGGCCAUGUACUUGGGAAAAGGCCGCAUGAUCUUUCUGGCUCCACUCAAAGUCUAAGAUACCCUGCUUCCUUUGCUUGCAUCCCACAAACUAUUUCCCUCAUCCUCUUUACUACAGCAAAUCUCCUUAGUUGAUGAGAUUGUGUUUAUCUCCCUUUAAGCCCUACCUAUCCUGAAUGGUCUGUCAUUGUCUGCUUUAAAAUCCUUCCUCUUUCUCUUCCUCUAUUCUCUAAAUAAUGAUGGGGCUAAGUUAUACCCAAAGCUCACUCUACAGACUAUUUCCUCAGUACUUUGCAGAAAACACCAAACAAAAAUGCCAUUUGAAAAAAGGUGUAUUUUUUUCUUUUAGAAUGUAAGCUCCUCAAGAGCAGGGACAAUGUUUUCUGUAUGUUCUAUUGUGCCUAGUACACUGUAAAUGCUCAAUAAAUAUUGAUGAUGGGAGGCAGUGAGUCUUGAUGAUAAGGGUGAGAAACUGAGAUCCCAAACACUGUUUUGUUGCUUGUUUUAUUAUGACCUCAGAUUAAACUGGGAAUUAUCGGCCCUUUUGGAUAACUGUCCCAAAUAUUACAUUCAAAUAAAAGUGCAAUGGAG